AAAAAUACUAUAUAUACAGUUUUAAUGAUAGAAAAUAAAUUGAACUGUGAACUCCCUUGUGAGGCCUUUCGGUCCGGCCAUUAUCAAGUGAACGGGUCUGGUAUAACCACUCGUCAAGAUGGUACGAAUGAACGCUCUCUCGGACGCUCUUAGAAGCAUAAACAAUGCAGAGAAACGUGGCAAGCGUCAGGUGUUGAUUCGCCCUUGUUCCAAAGUUGUUGUCAAGUUCCUGACGGUGAUGAUGAAGCAUGGAUACAUCGGGGAAUUUGAAAUCGUCGACGACCAUCGGGCCGGUAAGAUUGUUGUGAACCUGACGGGCCGUCUUAUCAAGUGUGGGGUCAUCUCUCCCCGGUUUGAUGUCCAGAUUAGCGCAAUUGAGAAGUGGACCACCAACCUCCUUCCAUCACGUCAGUUUGGGUAUGUUGUCUUGACGACGUCUGGCGGGAUUAUGGAUCACGAGGAGGCAAAAAGGAAGCAUCUAGGAGGGAAGAUCUUGGGAUUCUUCUUCUAAAAUAAACUUGUGAUUGAA